AUGGACAGUGACCAUUCAGACACAACCGAGGAGCAGACAUGCAGCGCGGCUGAACAGAUGUCGUCUCGACGCUUGAACAGGAAGAUGGACAUUGCGCUCCUACCCUUCCUCUCUCUUCUCUACCUCUUCAACGGACUUGAUCGGUCUAACAUUGGCAACGCAGAGACUCAGGCCGCCCUCAGCUGCGAUGGGAAGAUGGCUGGGAGCCAAGCGUUGGAUCCCAAUCAUGAUGGUGAGCCUCCUCCAACACGCUCCGCGGAUGGCAACGAAUGGUGGCUUGACAUAACAAAGACAGGGUGGGGCGUCUUCACUGUUGCCAAUGCAUUCAUCCGCGGGCGUUCAAGCCUCAUCGUAAUGAGGCUAUUAAUUGGUGCAUUUGAAGCUGGCUUCUACCCAACUGCUGUUGCAUACUUGUCUUGCUUCUACUGCAGAUACGAUUUAGCGGUCCGACUCGCGCUUUUCUACGGCCAGUAUGCCGUAGCCGGCGCUUUCUCAGGCUCGAUCGCAUUCGGAGUCUUUCAUCUCCGCGGAUAUGGACUGCACAACUGGCAGUACCUCUUCCUCAUUGAGGGCAUACUCACCAUCUUGAUUGCUGUGGUCGCCUGGUUCUGGCUUCCAGCUGAUCCAGGAUCCGCUUGGUUUCUAGACGCAGACGAGCGGCUCUUUGCAGUUUCACGCAUCACUAAAGACAAUGCUGACUACACUCCUGCGUUCAAUAGUAAUGGCAUACUGGAAGACCAGCUAACCCGGCGCGAUGUUGUUGAGACGGCCAAAGACUGGAAGACCUGGUAUGUCCUUGCGUUUAACAUAUGCGCAAGCGUGCCUAAUCAGACAUUUUCUGUGUUCCUGCCACUGGUCGUGCGGGGACUCGGAUACUCGUCCAUCCAAGCCAACCUGCGCGGCUACCACAUCGUUGUGGGCAUCCUGAUCUCUCUUGUCGGCCUCAUCGUCGUCGUAACGUGCCACAGCAAUCGCGUCAAAUAUGCCGGUCUCUGCAUCCUCCUUUUCGGCAGCUACAUCGCUGCUCCGCUCACCAUGGUUUGGCUAAGCGGCAACACGCCUGAGCCAGGCAAGCGCUCUCUCGUCCUCGGCGUCAAUGGCUUCGGCAACCUCGCGGGUGUCAUUGGCGCACAGCUCUACAAGAAGCGCUUUGCGCCCAGAUACCUGGCGCCGUUCUAUGCCACGCUGGGAUUCGUCGUUGCGGCGCUGCUGGGAUACAUGGCGUACCGGUUCACGCUCGAGGCGGUGAAUCGACGCAGGAAAGCGGUGCUGGCGGGCUCGAGCGGAGAGCAAGUGCAUGCGGAGAGGGUGCUUGAGACACGGUAUGCGGAUCGCAAGUGGACGUUUGUUUACGGACUGUGA